UGUGUGUGUGAUAUGUGUAGCCUAUGGUGUUGCUUAGACUAUUCAUGUCAAUCAUCUGAGCUGCUGCUGCGCCUGCGCAUGUGUUGUCUAUUCGGCGAAACCCUCUUAAUAUUUUCAUUGGGAGCUGCCAAGUGGGAGUUGUGAGCUGUACAAMCCGAUUUAACAAAACCACAGAGGACAGACUUCAACAAUAAAUAGUCUGUCACAUAGUCCAUGAGUUACCKUCACUGCAUAGCAGUGAAAGUAAAACUUUACAGAGAGCCGAAGACAACAAGCCUACAUUUGCGUCCAGCUCACUGGAGUCUGGUGACCAUCCUGCCCCUCACACCUCUCAGUCAUGGCCAAGCUGCAGGCCCCCCAGGCGCUCCAGAGCCAGCCAGCAGCCCCAGAUGGUGGGUGGGGCUGGGUGGUGGUGGGGGCCCUGUUUGUGACCUCUGCCCUGGUGUUUGGGAUAAUCCGGAGCAUGGGGGUCUUCUUUGUGGAGUUUGUGCAGUACUUUGGGGAGAGCGCCCAGGCUGUCUCCUGGAUCACAUCCAUAGGGUUGGCCAUGCAGCAGUGUGUCAGUGAGUGUCCACUUGGCACAGCGUUGUGUAAUGGAUACGGUGCCAGACCUGUAGUGAUGGCAGGAGGUUGUCUCUCUGCACUGGGCUUCAUCCUGGCCUCACAGGCCACCUGCGUCACACACCUCUACCUCACCUUGGGCGUCAUCUCAGGUUCGGGCUGGGCAUUAAUCUUCACUCCUAUGGUGGCGUCAGUGAUGCAGUACUUCACCCGGAAGCGCUCCCUGGCCAUGGCGCUGGGCUUUACGGGCGUGGGCCUCUCGUCCUUCGCCUUCUCACCCCUCUUCCAGCUCUUGGUGGAGAUGUACACCUGGCGGGGGGCCCUUCUCAUCCUGGGGGGCCUCAGCCUCAACAUGGUGGCCUGCGGGGCCCUCAUCAGGCCCCUGGGGACUCACAAGGCUGUAGCUGCGCUGGCCCCAGGUGAGAGUGCCUGGUCCUGCGCCUCCAUCUUCCACCGGGCCUACUCCUACCUGGAGCUUUCCCUCCUCUUCCAGCGGCCCUUCCUCACGUACAGCCUGGCCAUCACCUUAUUCAACUGUGGCUACUUUGUGCCUUACGUCCACCUGGUGGCCCACAGCCGCCACGAGGGCUUCUCCCAGUAUCAGGCUGCCUUUGUCAUCUCAGCCACGGGUGUGACGGACAUCGUGGGCCGUGUGGUGUCCGGCUGGGCCUCGGACCUAGGACGGCUCCGUCUGCGCCACAUGCUGGUCCUCUGGACGGGCCUGUUGGGCCUCUCCCUCCUCUUGCUGCCCCUGGGCUCCCUGGGGGGGUCCUACCCGGGCCUGCUCAUCAUCAGCCUAGCCUACGGGUUCUGCGCCGGCGCCAUGACUCCCCUGGUGUUCGCGGUGGUGCCGGAGAUCGUGGGCAUGGAGCGGAUGCUGGGCGCCCUGGGGCUGCUACAGAUGAUCGAGAGYGUCGGGGGGCUGCUGGGGGCACCGCUGUCAGGUUUGCUGAAGGACCUGACAGGCAGUUACACGGCCUCCUUCCUGGUCGCUGGUGGUUUCCUUCUGCUGGGUACCAUGGUAAUGACCACUUUGCCUCACUUCUUCUCCUGCACCGACCAGCGCCCUCUCCAGAGACACGCCCGCAACCAUAACAACAAGCAGCAGAACCAGCAGAGCCCCGAGUCUGGCCUCAUGACCAACUCCAUAUCAGAGAAACUCAACCACAUAGAUACCAUACCGUACUCUCAACCGCAACUGGACCACAACAGCCUCCAGCCGGAACCAGAGUUGUACAUGCCUUUAAACCGAAGCAGGACCGAUGAUGCCACUACUAAAUGCUGAUUGGUUGCGCGACGUUAACAACCAAACCUUACUUAGCCAAUAGGGCGGCUGAAUGCCUAGUUUCUCAGUGKAGUUUCCCCAUUGGUCUGGGGACUACAUGGUUAAGGUGCACGAGUGCUACAGGUUUAUAUUCCGAAGUCGUGUACAUUUGUGGAGGAGGAAGACACAGACAGCAAGGCAAAAAUAGAAAUGGGUAGUGUGGGAUGUCUACCGUACACAUCCAACCCAGUCAGUGGGUUCAUCAGACACAGUAUAYCGUGUUACAUAUGACUUGGCAGUGUUAUGACCAUGGCAUUUCACACGCAUAGCUUCUAACCAGAGGAGGCUGGUGGGAGGACCUAUAGGAGGACGGGCUCAUUGUAAUGGCUGGAAUGGAAUCAAUGGAACGGUAUCAAACACAGCAACAAUAUGGAAACUCUGCUCCAUUGACUCCAUUCCAGUCAUUACAACGAGCCCUUCCUCCUAUAGCUUCUCCACUGCUCCAUAUGUCAUCAUGACUUUCAGAAUUUGCUCAUGUGAAGUCUUAUUUAGUUUUCUAGCUGCAGAGAAAAGGUCAACAUGGUGGGUGGCAUCCAGUAUAAGAAGUCCUCAGGCAACUCAGCUAGCUAUACAUCACAKACCAUAUCAUGUGACAGACUAGUUCAUGGCAUAUGUCCAACAUUUUUUACCCUUCUCUCUCUCCAUCCAAACAGGGCCUAGGGGUAGCCCACAGUAGGCUAGCAUAUCACUGCAGGAUCAAUGUAGGUGUACUCACAAGAUCAACCACAGCUGGAUGGCAGAAUGUUUAUUUUGUAAGGAACUUCUAAAAGCUAAACAAGUGACCGUUCACACCAGGGCCACCAUUAGCAUUCAAUGUCUUCAAUGAGAAAGGCRUCUGAUUUGUUAUUUUAAACUCUAUCUCUACCCAUACUAAAURGGGAGAGGAGAAUCUGGUUUGAGUUAUUUCCCCCACCCAACUCUCUGACUUGUCUAAUCUAGUAGGCUAUGCGUGAGUAAGAUUAAGUAACACUAAUCCGUUUUCUUUGAAUCAUUCUCUGGAAUGAUAUAUUCACAUGACAGUCAUUUGGUGUUCGAUGUCAAAAAAUAGAUGAUUGUUCUAUGUGUUUACUUGUCUGACCCCUGGUAUUAUUCAACUAACUCCAGGCCACAGUCCCACAGUCAGGCUGCUAUGAGGAUAUGAAGAGUUUCAUUCUAAAACGCUAUAUAUCCAUUUUCAGAAAUGUUUGUAAAUUAGCUUUUGUAGUUUAAGGAACUUGUUAAAGAGAUUGGUGUGUUUUUUCACUGUCUAAUCACGCCACGGGGUUGUUCAAUGACAGACAUGUCAUUGUUUGGA